GUCAUUUAUUUCUCUUAAGUUACAUAAUUUACACACAGUGUUAUUACUAUGCCAAUAGCCAUCCUUUGGUACAUCCUUUUUGAGUGAAAUGAUCAAUAAAUGUCAUAUGUUACACUUUUGGUGAAGCACUAAUGAUGUCACAGGGGCACUUCCUACAAAAACACGCUUGUGGUGCUGGGAAAUGUAGUUCCAAGCAAGCUAAACCCAAACUAUGCUAAAGCCCAUUUGCUAACCUGAGUUUAUAUAUAAUUGUCGUGAAAAAUGAAGAAACAAACAUCUACAGAACAGUGAUCCAACUAGUCCGCUGGUGACCAGAAAAGACGAAUGAAAAACCAACUUCAGGUUGAGCUAAAUGCUUGGUGUCCGCUGCAGCACGAGGGUCUGUUAUGUAGUCCGCUGUGUGACUAUGACCUCUCCUUACUUCAUGCCCAGCAGGUCUGGAAUCAGUCCGCCUGGUGAUCAGGAUGCUGUCUGUGGUCCUGCUGCGUCUCUCAGGUCCAAACUUACCAACAACCGGAGGAACGUGGAGCCAGACUCCUCCGGGGCGGUGAAGGAGGUGAAGGAGGAGCAGGAGGAGGCGAGGAUCUCUGAGCAAAGACCCUCCUCGGCCCCCUUAUCCCCGGGUAAAGUUCACGGUGGUUGCCAUCCAAAAACAGAAGCAGACACUUUACCCUUGUCUUCACAAAGCCGCAGGAGGAGACAGCUGAAAGUGGAAUAUGAGGAGGAUGAAGGAGUUCCAGCGGUGAAGACAGAACUCUGGGAACCUCCUGACUGGAAGAAACAGCUGGGAUAUAUCCGUGAGAUGCGGAGCGGCCGUGAUGCUCCGGUAGAUAAGAUGGGAGCAGAGAAAUGCUACGACACAGAGGCUCCUGCACACGUGAGACGUUUCCAGGUGCUGGUGUCCCUCAUGCUGUCCAGUCAGACCAAGGACCAGGUGACAGCAGCAGCCAUGCAGAAGCUGAGAGCUCACGGCUGCACGGUGGAGAAGAUACUGACUACUGAUGACGAGACGCUGGGGAAACUCAUCUACCCUGUCGGCUUCUGGAGGACGAAGGUGAAGUAUCUGAAGCUGACUUCAGCUUUGCUGCAGAAAGAGUUUGGAGGAGACGUCCCCGACAGCGUGGAGGGGUUAGUCCGCCUGCCGGGAGUCGGACCCAAGAUGGCUCACCUGGCCAUGGACAUCGCCUGGGACCAGGUGUCUGGCAUCGGCGUGGACACACAUGUGCAUCGUAUCUCUAACCGGCUGGGCUGGCUCAAGAAACCCACCAAGACCCCGGAGGAGACACGCAGAGCCCUGGAGGAGUGGUUACCAAGGGAUCUGUGGAGUGAGAUCAACUGGCUGCUGGUUGGUUUUGGGCAGCAGGUCUGUCUGCCUGUUAACCCUCUCUGCUCCGCCUGCCUGAACCAGCACAGCUGCCCCUCCGCCCACAAACCCUCUCCUCCUAAGAGACCUAAAGCUGGACCCCCACGCUCUCCAAAACCUGAACCUAAACAAGAAGUCGCUGUUAAACAGGAAAGGACAAAGAAGGAGCCACGGCCCACGCCUGUUUCCCCCGCCGCUCAGAGACGGAGGCCAAGAAGCCUCAAAAGUUAAUCACUGAUGUAGUUUUUGUCUGAGGACAAAAUAAAACUAGGACCAAAUAUUGAUGCAAACACUGAAAACAUGUGCUAAAUGAUGUUUGAUGUGAAUACAGUUCCUGAUUCUUUCAUCAGAGACUUAUUUGACACUAGAAUGACGUAUUUCUGACUUUAUAUGAGAUUAAAUAUUUUUGUACUGUUUGUUUUUUCUUACUAAAUAAAAAGAAUAUAUGUACUGGAACUAAA